AUGGGUGUAGCCUAUAUACCACUAGUUUUAUUAUCACCAUUGCUUUCGUCAGAAAGAGCGUUGCCCUUUCCUUGCGAGCUACCACUAGCCUGGAGAGAUUCACCAACAUUUGAAAUAUUAUAUACCAUACAAUAUAUCUCUCUUCACUUAUCGAUUAAUUAUGGAACCCAGGGAAGUGAUGAUUUAGUUCUUUGCAUUUGCGAAGCAGCUGCAAAUCAAUACAGAAUUCUCCAAAAAUGUUUUUUGGCUUUUAAUACGCCGGCUAAAACUACAACUGUCCAAUUAAUAAUCACAUAUAUUUAUAUCUUCGGUUUUUUAUUUCAAUUGGGAAUUGAUUGUUUUAUUGGAAAUGAUUUAUAUAAUCAGGCAGUUUUAUUAACGGAUUGUAUUUUUGAAAGCAACUGGACAUCAAUUGAAAGUAAAGAAUUUAGAAAAGAUAUUGCAUUCGUAAUUCAACAAUCUCAACAAUACCCAAAAUUUACAGCAUACAAUAUAUACGAUUUGAAUAUGGUAUCUUUUGGCAAGGUAUAUGAGUAG